UUUGUCUUCUUUUUAUCACCUUUCUCCUCGAUUUCCCCCCUCUUAUUUGCCUGGAACCUUUUCCAGGUGCGAGAGCUCCGUCUGUUUCGGGGCGCAUGCGAAACGAUCGUUCGCUUUCGCCUGGUGCUCGAACCUCUUCUUCGUCCUCUCUCAAACGUUCUGACCACGAGAGAAGACCUGAUGAUGAGAGUUCUCAAGUCUUCGAAGAUCAAAGAUCCUCCAGACCCCUUGGGUCUAUCAAGAGUGUUGUCUUUGAAGAAGCGGUCACUAAGGCUGGUCUGGAUGACUUUCACCGAGACUAUGCGAUGGGGGCGGCCGAGGCUCUAGGACCUUUCCGUCACAUCGUUUGGAGUGUCGCUCAGGCCAAGGUCCUGCUCGACAUGACCAACUUAUCCGACAACAUGCUCAAGAUGACAGAUCAGAUGGUCAGUGUUUUGGAUCAAGUCGAAGCUGCUUUCGCCAAGAUCAAUCGCAUCUCUGUCAAGGUGGAUGCCAUCGGCGACGCUGUGGAUAAUAUCACCAACCAUGUUGAUACUAUUACUGAGUUGGUUCAAGCUGGGCCAAACGUUCAACCGACACCCAAUGGCAAUGCCCCCACUGGGGCCAAUCAGCAGGCCACUCAAGCUUGGGUCUGUGGGCCCGAACUUAGGGGCGCGAUUGUCGCCGCGGCUCACCGAUUCAUUGCUCUACCGUCCCUGGAGUCGUAUACGGCUUUGGAGACCCCCGAGCGCGAAUGGCUUGCUCACUCACUAUUCAAUUGCAUCAAGACCGCUGUGCGCCAAAACGGAAAUUACAACCAGUACCUUCCGCCUCAAGUCAACGGUGUCAGUGAUGUCACCGCGACCAGGGCUUACAACACCGAGAUCAAGAAUGUCUGUAAGCACAUGCGCGAAAGGCUUCACCUUAUUCUCUUGACAGGAGUCUACGAUCCCAAGAAUUCCGUAGUCCAAGGUGCCGUUCCAACCCUCAAGUUACUCAUCCAUCGAAUUGCACUUAAGUUUGGACUCACCGGGGACCAAGCUGACAUCGAGGCAGUUUGGGCCAGUACGACUGAGCUCGGACGCUGCCGCAUUGCUUACCUUCGACGGGAGGCCCUUCAAAUCUUCCAGGUUGGAAGGGGCUCUAGUUCCAUUUGGGCCGCCGUUGACAACCAGCUCAACGACCUACGUUGUUGAGGUCGUGAUUAUACAGCAUCAUUUUAUAACCUGAUUUAUGAUGAUGACCGUACCGCCUUUGACGGCCAAGCCCGUUAUGAAGACAUAUCCCAAGUCUCUGAUUUCCGCUUGCCUUUUGAAGACGAGGUCAACGCGGCCAUCAUUGGACAUGAAAACAACUCAGAAUGAAUCUGACGAACAUGCUACAGUUCCACGAAAAUCUUCACGCUCUUUCAACUCCCCUUUUUUGAAAAUUUUACGAUGCUCCUUGUGUGCUCAAUGAUUGUUGGAAUGACGAACCAAACGUGCUAUCCCCCCAAUGAAAGUGAAAAUGAAUAUUCAAUUGAGUCUC